AUGUUGCAGUCCAACAGGAUCAGCUUGAAUGCGAAGCCGCUUCAGCAGCUUUUGGCAGGCCCUGGGUCAAAGGAGGAUGGGAGGGUGCCAGGCGCACAGCGCCACUGGGUGCAGCGUGUUGGGGCGCAGGAGCAGCGCCCCGGCAAUGCAAUGUUUACAAAGGUGAAAAACAUUAAUAACAUGCAAUAUGCUCCUCCUGUUGUUUCAAUAAGAUUAAGGUGUGCGCAGGAGAGCAGAUGUGUGUAUCUACAUGCACACACGCACGCACUCGCUGUGGCUGGUGCGGGAUAUCGCUCGGCGCAGGAUUAUUCCAGCCAGGCUGCAGUCAAUACUGACAAAUACAGUAUACGUCCCGUCUUGCCCACAGCAGUGAGAGAGCUGCGGCAGGCUCAGUGCUUUCCUCCCUCUUGUGAAAGACCUGGGGUGUUUUCAGCAGUGUGGGGAGCUCGGGUCCCGAUCGCCUCGGGUCCCAACAGUGCAUGGUCUUGCUGCUACACCAAGAGGACUGGAGAGGAGCGACUCCCAGCCCGGCGCCUUCCUCACCACCAAUUCACCCCUCUGUGCUCUGCCCGCUCGGCGUGCUGCAGGAGACAGGGGUUCAGGUCGCAGGCCUGCAAUGCUAUAAUUGGAAAGCAGACUGGGACGAUGUCCACCAAGGGGGACCGGCUCCCCGGCACCGAGGAGGGUUGGGCGGGCAGGGCUGUGCUGUCGUGCCGGCCCAGCCGGACUCGCACAGGCCGCUCCGCGCAAACGCCCAGCCGGGAGGGUCCCGGCCCUGCCGAGCCUGCAUGCUAUGGAUGUGAAACAAAAGCUUGGGAGGGGAACAAAGGAGAAAAGAAGGGACUUGCCCAAGGCCAGCUGACAGCCAGGAGCUGGCCAGGUGCCUGCCUGGCUCCCGGGGUGCAGACUGCACCGUGUCCCUGUGGGUCCAUGCAUCUAACACAGAGCACUCCAGGAUUAUCAUUCAUAGAGGUGGUUACCAUGAAGCUAUUGUUAGGUGUGCUGUUUCUUUGGUUGCUCUCCUCAGAAGGUAAUGCAGAUGAUCAGGAAGAAUAUGAGAAACUAGAGGCUCUAAGAAGCUUGCAGUUUUCAUGUGAGCAGGUGACGUUCCCUGAGACCCCUUCAUCUUCAGUUCAUGCUCUAAGGCCAGCUGACAUUAAAGCAGUCACUGCAAUAGGAAGUUUGCAAAGAACACCAGGAUGUGGUGAGGAUUUACUCCAAAGCACAGGAAAGAACUUACUUGAACUAAGCAUGACAACUUUAGCAGCUCUCAUUAGCACCUUCGACCCCUCGGUCCUACAUGUGUCCCCUCAACCUGGCACAGCAGGAGAGAUGCCAGACAGUCAAGCCAGAGACCUCCUGCAUCAAGCUGAAGAAAUAGUGGAGCUUAUGAAAGUAGAUCAGAUGAUGGACUUCCAAAAUGACUGGAAACUGAUCACAGUGUUUUUUAGUGCUGAAACCUCAUGUUCCUCCUGUGCUUCCACACAACUGAAGAACUGCAUAUCGGAAAAUCUGGAAAAACUUACAGCUGUCUUGGAUUUUUUGUAUAAGAAGGUUCCCAAGGCCUUCGUAAAUCUAGUGGAUUCCACUGAGGUCACAACUGCUUCUCUUGCGUGCCAAGACUACAGUAAUGCCAGGAAUCAGUGCAAUUAUGUUGAACACUCCGCAUUACAUGAUAGCAUACUGAGGUGGUCCUAUCAGGAUGCUUUGGAAAAACUGUUGGAGUCUGAGAGGUUUGAUCAAAGGGAUGACUUCACUGUUGUUCUUCAGCCUUCUUUCCAAGGAAGAAAUCUGCUGCUCAGACUGGGCAAGGAUGAUUUGAUUACCACAUCAAAGACACAAGUAGAUAUUCUGGAAGAUUGCAUUUUCAUGACUGUGGGCCUCUGGAACAACAUGAUGCAGCCAGUUGGACAGAAGCAGCCUUAUGGUGCCACAAAAAUUGUCCAGUGUCCAUCUCAGGAAAAUCCAUACUUGUUUACAUACAGAAAUAGUAACUACUCAUCUUCCCUGAGGACAUCAAACCGCAAAGAAACACCUCAGGAGAGGAGUUAUGGAACAAAUAUUCCCUGUCCUGACCGGGAUCCCUCUGAUUCGGUUCCAGUUUCAGUUCAUAAUUUGAAACCAGCAGACAUUCGGGUGAUUGCUGCCCUGGGAGAUUCACUCACAGCAGGUAAUGGGGCAGGAUCCAGACCCCAUGAUGUUGUGGAUGUCCUGACUCAGUACCGAGGUCUGUCUUGGAGUGUUGGAGGAAAUGAAAACAUAAGCACAGUUACGACACUACCAAAUAUUCUUCGUGAGUUCAACCCAUCCUUGGUAGGGUAUUCCGUUGGCACUGGAACACAGAAUUCAAACAAUUCUGCAUUAAACCAAGCUGUGACUGGAGCUCGUGCAGAGGAUGUUCCUGAGCAGGUUAGGAAACUGGUGGACCUCAUGAAAAAUGAUAAUAGAAUAGAUUUCCAGAACGACUGGAAGCUCAUAACACUUUUCAUAGGAGGAAAUGACCUCUGCAAAUUCUGCGAGAAUCCAGUGCGCUAUUCUCCUGAAAAUUACACCUACAAUAUACAAAUAGCUUUGGACUUACUUCACAAAGAGGUUCCACGGGCAUAUGUGAACCUGGUGACGAUGCUUUACAUAGCAAGGCUCCGGGAGCUGCAUCAAUCGAAAAACAAUAACUGCCCAAAGCUGAUUAUGAGGGUCCUGUGUCCUUGUGUCAUAAACCCCAAGAACAAUUCCAAUGAGUUGAAGAAGUUGAUCUACUUUAACAGAAGGUAUCAGGAGGGAACCCGCCGGUUAGUGGAGAGUGGAAGGUAUGACACGAAGGAUGAUUUCACAGUGGUUAUGCAGCCAUUUAUGACUAAUAUUGAAAUGCCAAAAACACAGGAGGGGUGGCCAGAUGAAUCAUUUUUUGCCCCAGAUUGUUUCCACUUCAGCCAAAAGGCUCAUUCCCAGGCUGCACGUGCUUUGUGGAACAACAUGCUGGAGCCUGUAGGAGAGAAGACAGAUAGUCAGAAGUUGGAUGAUGAGCUUGUCCUCAAAUGUCCAUCUGAGGCUGAGCCAUUCCUGAGGACAUAUAAGAACAGUAAUUAUACCUACCCUAACCAAACUGCAAAUUAUGGAAGUCAGCUGCCAUGUGAGGACAGAUCUCCAUCCUCCCCUCCUGCAACUUCAGUGCAUUCCCUAAAGCCAGCUGAUGUGAAAAUUGUAGCAGCCCUUGGGGAUUCUUUGACGGCUGGUUCAGGAAUUGCCUCAGAUACCCUCCAGGAUGUGACCACUCAAUACCGGGGACUGUCUUGGAGUAUUGGAGGAGAUGAGUCGUUGGAGAAUGUGACUACUCUACCUAACGUCUUUCGAGAGUUCAAUGUUACGAUCAUGGGAUACUCAACUGGUAUCGGGAAUGAGAAUGAUUCCAAUGCAUUCCUUAACCAGGCAGUUCCUGGAGCGCUGGCUGAGCACUUGCCAACCCAAGCAAGAAGGCUUGUGAGUCUUAUGAAAACUGAUCAGAGAAUUGACUUCAGUGCUGACUGGAAGCUCAUAACAGUGCAUAUUGGAGCCAACGAUCUGUGCGUCUAUUGCAAAGACCCUGAUCACUACUCAGCUGGGAAUUACAUCAAAAGGAUUCAAGAAACUCUUGAUUUUCUGCACAAGGAGGUUCCAAAAGCUCUAGUGAGUCUGGUUGAUGUGGGGGACAUCACCGCUCUGAGACAGCUAUUUGUGGACCCUUCAGUUCAGUGCCCCACUUACUUGGCAGAUUAUCUGUGUAGCUGUGUUUUCACAGGAGAAGAAAACUCAGAAAAUUUAACAAUGGUGAGGGACGCCAUCAAAGCUUACCAGCUUGGCAUUCAGAGACUGGUAGAGUCUGGCAGAUAUGACACUCAUGAAAAUUUCACAGUCGUCAUCCAGCCUUUCCUCCAAAAUCUGAAGGUUCCUCUUGAUCAGAACAAGAAACCAGAUGUCUCCUACUUUUCUCCUGACUGCUUCCAUCCGAGCCAGAAAGGCCAUUCUCAGCUUGCCAGGGCUCUGUGGAAUACUGUGUUACAGCCUGUGGGCCAGAAAGCUGACACAUUUGAUUUCUCAGCUGACAUCGUCCUUGGCUGUCCAGCUCAGAACAGUCCCUUCCUGGGAACAUACAGGAAUAGCAACUACACACCUGUGGAGCCCACUAGAGAGCCAAUAGAGAAUUGGGGCAGUGAACUGUCGUGUCCUGGUCAUACUCCAUCCAGUCGUGUCCCAACAUCAGUCCAUGAGCUACGGCCUGCUGACAUCAAAGCCAUAGGAGCACUAGGAGAUUCCGUGACUACUGCAGUCGGAGCCAAAGUACCGGACCUACAAACAGACUGGAGGGGACUUUCCUGGAGUAUUGGGGGUGAUGACACUCUGGAGAUCCAGGCUACUUUACCCAACAUCUUGAAGAAAUUCAAUCCAAACCUCUUUGGCUUCUCCACUGGCAGUUCUAAGGAAACAGCUGGAUUCAACGUUGCGGAGAGAAAUGCUGCAGCACGUGACAUGCCAGCCCAAGCACGUGCAUUGGUGGAGCUGAUGAGAAGCAGCUCGAAAAUCAACUUCAAGGAAGACUGGAAGCUGAUUACCAUCCUUGUUGGAGGCAGCGACCUAUGCCAGUACUGCUUGGACAAGGAAACCUAUUCUGUGCAAAAGUAUGUAAAGCACCUUCAGGACACUCUGGAUAUUUUCUAUAAGGAGCUCCCAAGAGUCUUUAUCAACAUGGUGGAGAUGCUGGAGUUCUCUGGACUGCGUCAAAUCACAGCAAGCUCUUCAGAGUGUGCUUUGGCAGCAAAGAAAGUUUGCCCAUGUUUCUUAAACCCAGAGGAAAAUUCUUCAGAAUUGCAAGAAAUUAAGAGAGUUAACAGAGAUUUUCAGGCUGAAGCCUUGCAGCUGAUCAACAGCGGUCGGUACGAGCAGCGGCAGGACUUCGCUGUUGUUAUCCAGCCAUUCUUUCGGAACACCUUGUUGCCCCUGGAUAGUACUAGCAAGCCAGAUAUGAGUUUCUUUGCUGCAGACUGCUUUCAUUUCAGUGUGAGAGGCUAUGCUGAGAUGGCCAUGGCUCUCUGGAACAAUAUGCUGGAACCAGUUGGUGAAAAGCAAACUUACAACAACUUUACCCAUGACAGAUCAAAACUCAAGUGUCCAAACCCUGAGAAACCUUUCCUUUCCACGAGAAGAAAUAGUGGAUUUGGAAAUUCAGAUCUCAACUUGGAGAAAACAGAAUCUUCAGUCCCCUAUUGGGCUGUCAUUGUGACUGCAGUAGCCGGAGUCCUGGUGGGUUCUUUACUUGGCUGGGUUGUGUCACGAAGAAGAACCAAGAAGCACCAACGUAAGGCUGACACAGAAAACAACAUUAAAACAACCCCUCUGUAACACAAGUGGAACAAACAUCUUUCUAUGAUGAGACUGCUCUCUGCUGUGACACAGAGAGUAGCAGAACAAAAAACCUGUUGGAUAUGAAUGAAGCUUCUUGGUUGCCCAGGGAUUUUUGUGCCAAAUAACAUUGAUCAGUAACGUAUUUUAGAGUUAUCUUCUGUGGACCAGUCAGGUGGAGGAUGAAGUUCAAAGUAAUGCUGUGGUUUCAUGCCAGCUGGCAACUAAGUACCACACACCUGCUCAGUCAGUCCCUCUCAGUGGGAUGAAGAGGAGAACUGGAAGAAGGUAAAACCCAUGGAUUGAGAUAAGAACAGUUUUAAUAACUGAAAUAAAGUAAAAUGUAAUAAUAAUAAUUGAAAUUAAAUGGGAAGUAACAAAAAAGAGAGAGGAAUAAAACUCAAGAAAAACUAGUGCUGCACACUGCAAUUGCUCAUUGCCUUUGACUGAUGCCCAGCCUGUCCUUGAACAGUGAUCCUGGCCUCCUUCCCCCACUCUGUAUAGUAAGCGUGAUUUUCUAUGGCAUGGAAUAUCCCUUUUGGCCAGCUGAGGUCAGCUAUCAUGGCCAUGUUCACUCCCAGCUUCUUAUGCUGGGAGAGCAAAGGGAACCUGAAAGUCCUUGGUUUAGACUAAGCACUACUUAGCAACAACUAAAAUAUUGAUUUGCUAUCAAUGUUAUUCUCAUACAAAAUCCUAAACACAGCACUGAACCAGCUGUUAUGAAAAAUAUUAAUUCUAUCCCAGCUGAAACCAGGACAAAAUGUUAAAAGCUUUUUCAUUCUGGGGUCCAGUUGUCUGUUUCAUGAAUAUUACUCAAUUGUACAAAGCAAGAACACCUGUUCAUGCAUCUUGGCUUCUUAAUUGUGCAUCUGUCCUUUUCUCCAACAAACCUCUAUUUAAAAUGUUAGAGACACGUCUGUGACUGGUAUUCCCCAACAGUAAGGUAUGAGUGAGAUAAACAGCAGCUGCAAUUUCUCAUGUUAUUUUCCAGCAAGACCAUUGUUUUGAAGGUGCUAUGGUGAUUCUACAUGGGCAAGUACAAUGCCAUGGAAACAUCUUUAAACUGGUUUCUGAACAACUUGGAUCCACGUGGUAUCCCUGGUGCACUGCUGGGCAGCACAGAUAGAAUAACUCUGCAUUGCCUUGGACUCCAGGCUCCUUCCAUCUGGGACUGGGUGUGGCGCUGGGCCGCAUCUGUCACUUCUCCUACAAGGCUUGAUAGUCCAGGGACAGUCCUGUAUCCAUCUGCCCUCCCCUGUAUGGGAGCAGGUUCCAGAAUGAGUCUUCUUGUGAUUAAUUUCUUCACUAGCAUCUAGUAAGGGGUCUAAACAAAAAUGCAGUACCUGCAAGCUAGCUUGGCUUAACCCUUCUCAUAGGACCUUUUGUGGUGUUCAGGUCUCUCAGGCUGGAGACUCCAUGGUUAUUAUCCACAGAAGAGCUUGCAAAAAUUGCUUUUCACUUUUUGUUUGGUUUUGUUUUUUAAAUUCUAAUCAGGAGUUCAGAGACCAUCCUUUUUUUGAAGUUAGACCAUCCUUGUUUUAAACUUGCAGGCCAAUUCAUGUGAUCUAUUAGUACAAAAGGUUCUUCACAAGAUGUGCAUUAUCUUAUUUCCCAAUAUCUUUCUUAUUUCCUAUGUUAAAUACAUAACCUUUUAAUUUUAUUGAAGCCAAAGUGAGAUUUGCACUGGUGCAAUUUUUUGUAGUGUGUACUACAUUUCCACUCCAGAAAUGC